CGGAGGAGGAGUAGAGAUGUGUCGCAGCAGCACUCCGCCUUUGCGCGCCGUCGGCCAGCUCCAAAACCUCCGCGGGAUUUUUCUACAUUUCUCCACCUCGACCAGCCCUACACCUCUCUGCGUCCAGCCAUACCAACACCCAAAUUACCGGCAAGCAGAGACAAUGGAGUGUCUGCACGGUCGUAUAUCCUACGCGUCAUGGCGCUUGCGGCAAUUUCGGCAAUUAUUCAACAACAGCAGCCUCCGAGGCCCUGUUCUACACCACCACCACCACCACCACCGCAGCUUAACCACCUUGACCGACGAGCCUCAACAACCGUCAUCCAAUACCUCUCCGUCCACUCCUUAUGAUACCCCCUCCACACCAACUCCUACCGAACAUGACACCUACGCACCUCCUCCCUCCUCCCUCCUCCCCAAAUCCCCCCUCCUCACCAACCCCAAACCCGGCUACGAGCGCCUCCACCGCAAAAAAGCGCGCAGCAAACCCCCUCCGGAAGAUGACCUCUCUACAAAUCCCUGGGCCGUAGCGCUUGCCACGCCUGUCCGCCAAUGCGCAUUGACGGGACUGCGCUUCCCCGCCGCGUUUUUGACUGGCUGGGGUCUCGACGAGCAUCCCGAAGGAAGUCUAUUCAUCCAUCCGUCUGAGAUCAUGCCCGCCGCCCCCUCACCCUCACCUUCACCCUCAUCCACCGCAACCCCUCUGUCAUCGCCGCAGGAGUCGCAGCCGCAGCUGCAGCCGCAGCCGCAGCAGCAGUCAACCACCCAAUCGACCCACCACCUGAUCCGAAUGAUCGACCGACUCCCCCUCCUCACGACGCUCACGCAGACGAUCCAGAAGUCCAAGGGCCGGAAGAUCCCGGCUAUAGUACACAUCUUUCCACAGCGGUGGAAGGCGCCCUUUGGUCCGUUGACGGAUUCGUUCCAGGCGCGGUGCGUCUGGCGCCAGGAUAUGCCGCAGUUCGUGACGCGGAUGAUGCGGCGGGAGGUCGGGCGGCGGCUGCGGAAGGCGGCGACGCAGCCGAAUGACUCAUCGAAGAGGGGGGUGUGGACGUCGGUGCUGCGCGUGGAGGAAUUAGGAGACGAUGGGGUGCUCGCGGAGGAGGUGCUGGUAGAUGCAAUAACGAAGAUGGAGCCGAUUGCGCGCAUGGCUACCGGUGCGGUGUUGGUGCUGCGGCGCACGAGCGCACCGCUGCCGCUGUCGAGUUUCUUCCAUCUGCCGCAGACGGACUCGAAGGUCCCGGUGUUUGAUUUAACGCGGUUGUUGACGGAAGAGGACCUGGCAUGUGAGAAGUUCGAGGAUCAGGCGGCUGUGUUUUUCAGACCGGAUGAUAAGCCCACCGUCAAGGCGAUGCUGGCUUUGUGGAAGCUGGCGGGUUUGCUGAGAGAUGACCCGCACUAUGACCCGCACCAUGAUGCUGGGUCUGAAUCCUCAUGA